AUGGCAGAUAAUAUUCCAUCGUCGCAGCACACGCAGCAUACGCAGCACAUAGCUGACACGCUCUGCUCUGCCCACACGGACAAUACAUCUCCACCGCUCACACAUGCAAUGUUCCAGCGCAAGCCGCACACCGCAUCGGCGACGAGCCUCAGCGUCGAAGCAAGUUCGAGCGCGGGACAGGGCAAAGACGCCACACAGCGCCUGCAGAUCCAGCAGCUCAAAGCCACGGCACAGAAUCUAGGCCUGCCGAGCGAUACCGUUGGAUAUAAGAUGCUGGAGGCACUCGCAACAGCUCCAGCAGUUGACGAUGCUCUAUCAUGGCACGAUGUUCUCGCCCUCGCAUCUUCAGAUAAGGCUGUUUUGCUACUGCCGAAUAUCACAAACUCUUUCAGCAUACCCAUUAAUCCAUCUCAAAUCAGAAAUCACGUUGUUUUCACUACCACCACUCCUCAUUCCGGUGCCGGUCUUAGUCCUGCUGAUAGCCCUGCGCAGGUUUUGGCUGCAAGCGGUUUGCGUGGUAGCAUUGACUCCGGCAAAAUUGUGUUUCACGGCCACUUAAGCCAGAACUAUGCGGAAAGUAAUCUGUUUGAUAGCAAUACAAGAUCCUCACUGCUGAGCAGUCUACCUCCUCUUACAACCCACCACGGCUUUGAAACUAAAUUUCCAACCCACAAAUGCCUCUUGCUUGGAUCGCUAUCUAUACCAUCACCUCCAACUCCCAAGCUAUCUACCCGUUCCAGGUCCUCCUCUCUAACGAAUGCUGCUAAGUUGCAGAGCAAGUCGACUUUCGCUACUUUCUUCGGCGGUGGUGAUAGACGCACUUCCAUUCUCACGCCCUCGUUUUCCAACCAAACAGAGGAAACUGAGCUCGAGUUUGGGCCUCCGGUUGAAAUCACCGUGCGAACCAUCGAUAACAGCAUAAACUACGAUGAUGUCAAGAGGGAGCUUAUCAAAUCGGUGAUGGAUCGUAUAAGGGAAAGGUUAGAAGGGUUGCCUAGAAAAGCUAUUGCAAGGGUGGUACAAUUUGUUGUUCAGUUUUAUCCUGCUACUCCGUCAGCUGCUGCCUUGCUAGCCAAGCGGGCACCAUCGAAGAAAUCAGGUUCCGCUGCACCGAAACUGAGUGAUCCAGAAACGAGCACAGCUGUAAUUCAAGAGCUCUACAUCAAGGUUCGUGACGAGGUCAGUUCCUUGUUGUGGAACGAACGACUGUCCCGGAGGGAGAGUGCUGACGAGGAGAUUACUGAGCGGGAGAAAGAGGCGUUGGAAGAAGAGGUUGAAGAUGAAGCAUCCUUGGCAGUUGAACGUGUUGAGAGCGUAGUCACUACAGAGAUAUUUGAUCUACUCUUCAUUCCCACCAACGCUGAGAUUAUAAGAGACGAUACUUUGGCAUCGAGGAUUGCUGCUCUUAACAUGCUCGAUUUGAACUUGAAUCAUUUAGGCGUACAAGUCCCUGAUGCACCACUCAAUGGACAGAAUGAGGGCGAAGCUGAAGCUGACGCAAGGAAAGGGCUUGAAGAUGUUGUGAAUGACUGCGGUCAAGAGCUGCAAAAGAUAGGUGGCUGUUUGAGUCCAGCCGUCAAGAUUGAUGUCCUCAUUCAAGCACAUAAGAAGAUAGUUGACGGUUUGGCAAAGCUACCGCCAAUUAGACUGCGCCCAGAAAGCGACAGUCAGGAAGAUCAGGUGGAGGAUGUCAAAUCUCAGAGUGAAGAUAAUGACAAAGGAAAGCCACCCAGUAGCGCAGAUUUGAUACUUCCAAUGCUUAUCUUCUCAAUGGUAAAAUCAAAUCCAUCGCAAAUCAUUAGCAAUCUUUUGUUCAUUCAGCGUUUUAGAGCCGAGGGGAUGAUGUCUGGUGAAGCAAGCUAUGCAUUGGUAAACGCCACAGCAGCAGUUGAAUUCCUGAGCUCAGUCGACCUUUCAGAGCUAGGCUUAGGGGGUAGCGACAGAAUCGUAGGUUUUGGGGAUAACGUUGAGCAAUCCACACUUCCUUUGCAACCGGUUCAGGUGGAAUCAGAUGAGCUUACAAGCAAAAUAAGAAGCAAGGUUACGGGUGAAAUAGGGGAUUUAGCUGGCUCUGCAAAUAAGGUAUUUACAGGAGUUGUAGAUUCAGGAUGGGGAGCGUUACGAGGUAUUAUUGAUCGCAAAGAAAACACAGUCUCGCCACCAACGAUAGUAAGAACAGCAGAUGAGCUCACUUCUAGUCCUGUCGACAGCCGCCCGCAAAGCAUGUUUAAUAGACGCGCAAGCAGCCUCUCAGUUGCAAGUAUCGCAGCAAAUGUCGCCAACAUAGCGAGCGGCAAAGACAACAAACCUCGACUAAAUACGCUGCCGGACAAUGACACUGGAGAUAGAGAGCUUGUUAACAUGUCUAGCUCGGUGUCUAGCAGGGAAAUACCAGUCUCACAGAGCCUUGACUUUGAGCACAAGCGCAAAGAUUCAGAUGCAAGAAGCGUUAAGUCAAUGAGCAGUAUGAAGAGCUACAAUAGUAACAAAGAGGAAAGUUUUGGUGAGAGGAUGAAUAUAACUAAUCGGUUGGCUAGUAUUCCAGGUCUAGGGAGGUUUUCACUCAAUCAAACUUCGCCUCAAGCAUCACAGGAAACUGCACUAGGUGCAUCACCAUCUCAGGGCUCACUGCUAAACUCAUUUUUUCCAUUCAAAGGUAAUCAUUCGCGCACAGUUUCAUACAAUAACAACCAUUCUACUUCAUUUGAACCACCAAACGCACAAUUCCUCAAUGCUCACGCCGAUGAACUUCGAUUAAGCGAUGUAAAGACAAACAUAUUAAGGAGAAGGAUUCCAAACAAACGACACAAUGGCAUCAAUAGCAAUAGCAGCAAUAAUCGCAGUAACUACGCUUGUCGAUACGUCGAUAGUGUCAAAGAGCCAUGUGAUAUCAAGCGUACAGAGGCUGAAACACAUGGGAAACAGUGUAAGGAAUCUGCUAAACACAGCAACAGCCGUGAGAGAGAGACUAUCAGUGGUAUCAGUUGGUUACCUGUUAAAGUAUAUACCGCUAAAAACAACAAUCAGCAAGACCGGGCCUAUAUCGGAGAAGCACAGGCUACGGAUAACGGCAAUCAACAGAUCAAAGCGUAUCGAAGCCAUGCUAAGAAAGCAACCAAUUACUUUGAAGAAAUGUCUUACAGCAACGGUGGCUACGACUCUUAUGGUGGUUCUGGUGGUUACUCUCGCGGUGGUGGUGGUUACUCCCGCGGUGGUGACAGCUAUGGCGGUGGUGGUUACGGCGGCGGCGGCGGCUAUGGUAGAGACAGAGGUGGCUCAUCCGCUUACGGCAGCGGUGGUGGCAGAGGCUACGGCGGCGGUGGUGGUGGUGGUUACGACGAUGGCUUCGGUAACCUCGGACAGCCAGACUUCAACAACUUAACCAAGUUUGAAAAGAACUUCUACGUUGAAGAUAAAAGAGUCCAAGAUCGCAGCGAGCAAGAAGUCGCUGACUUUAGAAAGAAGCACGAUAUGUCCAUCGUUGGUACAGGCGUCCCUAGACCAAUCACCGGUUUCGACGAAGCUGGUUUCCCUAAUUACAUCUUGACUGAGAUUAACAAAAUGGGUUUCCCUUCCCCAACCUCCAUUCAAUGUCAAGCCUGGCCAAUGGCUUUAAGUGGUAGAGACAUGGUUGCUAUCGCCCAAACUGGUUCCGGUAAGACCAUCUCUUUCGCUUUGCCUGCCAUGGUACACAUCAAUGCUCAACCUUUGUUGUCUCCUGGUGACGGUCCAAUCGCCUUGAUCCUGGCUCCAACCCGUGAGCUUGCUGUUCAAAUUCAAGAAGAAUGCACAAAGUUCGGUAAAACUUCAAGGAUCCGUAACACCUGUGUCUACGGUGGUGUUCCAAAGGGCCCUCAAAUCAGAGAUUUAGUUAGAGGUGCUGAAAUCGUAAUCGCUACCCCCGGUCGUUUGAUCGAUAUGCUCGAUAUGGGCAAAACCAACCUCAAGCGUGUCACUUACUUGGUCAUGGAUGAAGCUGACCGUAUGCUUGAUAUGGGUUUCGAGCCUCAAAUCCGCAAGAUCGUUUCUCAAAUCAGACCUGACAGACAAACACUCAUGUUUUCAGCUACAUGGCCAAAGGAGGUCAAAGCUUUGGCCCACGAUUUCUUGCACAACAUGAUUCAGGUUAACAUUGGUUCUUUGGAGUUGUCUGCCAACCACAAUGUCAAACAAAUCAUCGAAGUCUGUAGUGAAUUUGACAAGCGUGGCAGACUCGUCCAACACCUUGACCAAAUCUCACAAGAAAAUGCCAAGGUUCUCAUUUUCAUUGGUACAAAGCGUGUUGCCGAUGAUCUCACGAAGUACCUCCGUCAAGACGGCUGGCCUGCACUCGCCAUUCACGGUGACAAGCAACAACAAGAGCGUGACUGGGUUUUAGCUGAGUUUAAGUCUGGCAGAUCACCAAUUAUGCUUGCUACUGACGUUGCAUCACGUGGUUUAGAUGUCAAGGAUAUCGGAUACGUUAUCAACUACGAUUUUAGCAGCAAUGUUGAAGAUUACAUUCACAGAAUCGGUAGAACUGGUAGAGCUGGUACUAAGGGUACAUCUAUCACCUUCUUUACCACUGAGAAUGCAAAGAAUUCUCGUGAUCUUAUUAAGAUUUUGCGUGAAGCUAAGCAAGAUGUACCAACCGAGUUAGAUGAAAUGGCUUCAUUUGGUGGCCGCGGUGGUGGCGGUGGCCGUGGUGGAUACGGUGGUCGCGGUAGAGGCCGUGGCGGUUUCCGCGGAGGCGGUGGUGGCGGUUUCAGCAGCGGUGCCAACAGUUUUUCUGGUGGUAACAUGAGACGUUGGUAA